AUGUCUUUUGAAGCAGUAGCGUUCAGAGCAUUGGAACCCAAGGUGUAUGAUUUUGCCAUUGAGUUACUUGAUACGUACUUCCAAGCUGGCAGACAAGAUGUGAUUGAACGCCGUAAGCUCCGUAAAUUGAAGCAAGAGUCAAAUGAAAAGUUUUCUCACUAUGUCAUCCGGUUGAGACAACAGGCACUGAACUGUGGUUUCGAGAAGUGUGGAACAGAAGUCACUGAAAUCUUGAAGGAAAUUUAUCUGGUCGAUGUCAUAGUGGAGAAUUGCCGUUCAGAUGAUCUUCGCAAGGCCAUUCUCAAACGCGAUCGAUCGAUCAGAGAAAUUGAGGAAAUAGCAGCGACAAUUGAGGAUACGGAUCAGCAAAUGAAGGAGUUGAAGGAGCACGCCAAUACGUCCCGAGAAGUAGCAGUUUAUGAAGUCAACCGACCAAAUCAGGCACGACCUGCGGUGCGCAGAAACUCAACAGCAGAUCGUAGAACACACCGUGGGCAGCUGUUCGGGGUUACAUCCAAGCGUGAAGUUGCUACCAAACUGACGGCGUUCAAAGGCUCGAAAUCAUCUUGUUUUGCAUGUGGACAGUCCGGGCAUUUGGCAAAUUCACCUGAUUGUCCAGCACGUGGUCGUAUAUGUCGUCGUUGUCGUGAAUUGGGUCACUUCGAAACUGUUUGCAGGAAGCAAAAACAGAGAUCAGAAGCUGUAAGGAGACCAAGGAAGAUCUACAACAUCGAUAAAUCGUCAGCAGUAGAGCAAGAGGAGGAAGAUAAGGAUAAGCGAGAUGAUUCUCCGGAGCCGAAAAAGGUGUAUUAUGCGUUCUAUGGAGGAAACCAAACAAAUCUUUUGGACGGAGUUAUUGGAGGAAUCGCGGUGAAGGUUUUGAUUGAUUCGGGAGCAGAUGCAAAUUUGAUUCGGCUGGAAACGUGGAAAAUGAUGAAAGAGAGGAAGGUCAUUGUAGUAACGUCGACAAAAGGGACUACAGUGGCGGAAUUCUUCGUUGUCAAUGGCGGACAGAAGGACAUUUUGGGAGACGCGACUGCUAAGAAGCUGGGUGUGCUGAAAGUUGGAAUCGAAGUUAACAACGUCGACAAAGAAAUGAAACCGUUCAGUAAAAUCAAGGGUGUGAAGGCGCAGAUAAGAAUGAUGGCAGAUGCUCGGCCUGUCUUUCAGCCAGUUCGUCGAGUGCCGAUUCCAAUGGAGGAUGCAGUAAACCGGAAGCUGGAUCAAUUAUUACAACGAGAUAUCAUUGAAGUGAAACAAGGACCGGCAACAUGGGUUUCUCCGCUGGUAAUCGUUGGGAAAACUUCAGGCGAACCACGAAUUUGUUUGGAUCUACGACAAGUGAAUGAAGCGGUAGUCCGAGAACAUUUUCCUAUGCCGGUAGUGGAUGAGUAUCUAGCAAGACUCGGAAGAGGAAAAAUCUGGAGCAAGCUGGAUAUUCGUGAAGCAUUUCAUCAGAUUGAGCUGGACGAUGAUUCGAGGGACGUGGCAACAUUCAUCACGAAUAAAGGAUUGUUCCGGUUCAAACGGCUUCCGUUCGGACUCGUGACUGCCCCUGAAAUAUUUCAAAGAAUAAUGGAGGAGAUUUUAUCAGGUUGUGAAGGUACAUACUGGUACCUAGAUGAUGUGAUGGUAGAAGGUGAGACGAAGGAAAUCCACGAUAAAAACUUGAAGAAGGUGCUCGAUAGGUUCAAAGAACGUGGCGUAGAGCUUAACUGGGAGAAGUGUGAGUUUGGGGUAUCGCGGCUGGAGUUUCUCGGUUAUGACAUUUCGAAAGAAGAACGCAAACUGAAGAAGAUGCACGAACAAAGCAUCGAUAAUCCAGCAGAGCUGGUUGAUGUAGUUCAAAGCGACAGUGCUGAAGAACCUGGUAAUGACCAAGAUGAGAAGAUGGAUGUAAAAACAAAUGAGGCUGAUUCCGAGAAUGAUAAUUAUGCUGACGAUGAGGAUGUGUUUAACGCGAGUGAUAAUGAGGCUCUGGAUGAAAGUGACAGUGAUGACUAA